CGAUUACUCCUCAUUUCCUUGACAUUUUCCCAAGAAAAACCCUUCUUUCCUCCACAAAGCAUCACCAGUCCAUCAAAAACCUUGAUUUUCACUUGAAACUUGGAAUUUGGAGGAAUGGCUCGAUUGAUAAGUCUUCUCAUGCAUCCUUUGGCAUUUUUGAUGUAGUGUGGGGUUGGUUGUUGCCAUUUGUCACCCUAGGGUCAUUUUUCAUAGUGAUGGCUAGUACCAAGCAAACGGGCCCCGACUCUCCACCACCAACGGGAAUCGGAUCCCGAAAGAGGACCGAGGAGGUAGGCCCCAGUGGUGGGGAACAAAGGAAGAAACGGAAGAAUGACGCUCCAACAGAGAGUAUAAAGGGAAAAACUGAGACGUGCAAGUUGCAAGUAGAUAGGCCCACCCUCAGGCCAAACGAUGACGUGGUUCAAGUGAUAGAGGGUCAUGGCAUCAAUGUUUGGUUCAAGCCCGUUGGGAGAUUUGUACUUCCCAUCUGUAGGGAGUUUGAUCAAAAGCUAGGGGUGAGGGAUGAGAACUUGUAUUUGUUGAAAACAAAUCUGAGAGGGAAGGUGACGGAGAUCAUCCCAGGAGUCAUUGUGAAGGCAUUGCAUUACCAAAGACCUCCCCCAACACCACGGUCUAUCCUUAAAACACCCAUGUGA